CCUCUUCUCUUUUGCACAACGCCAGUAGGCUUCUUUCAUUCAAAUUCUUCUAUUAUCAAAUAAAUAGAUCUAGUUCAGUAUGGAUAACGUGCUUGAAAAACAAAGGAGUGCUCACGAAGAUCUCGAACGUCUCGAGCAAGCCAUCGUCGAUGAAUACAUGGAAAAUCCUAAAACUCAUCGUGAAAGAUUGCAUAACGAACAUAUUGUUGAUAAUUUUCUGAAUCGUAUUGCUGAGAAGAGCGCUUAUCUAGCUGAUCUUUAUGAGGACAAAGAAGGGCUACGUAAAUCAGAAAUGGAUGCGCUUUCAGGCACCAAUUCUGAAUUCACUGAAUUUUAUGAACGCUUAAAAGUGAUAAAAGAACAUCACCGCAAAUACCCUAACGAACCAGUCGAGCCACCAGAAAUGGAAUUUAUUUUCCUUUCACAAAAGAAAGAUGAAUCUAAUUUUGAAGAAUUAGAGAAGCUCUUCUCUGGAGAGGAAAGCCUCGGUAGAUAUCUCGAUAUGAAUACCAUUCACACAACCUAUAUCAAUCUUAAAGGCGUCAAAAAAUUGGAUUAUCUGCAAUUUUUAAGCGAGUUUGAUGAUUUUUCUACCAUCUAUCCUAAAGCUAUCAAAAACAGUGAUGAUUAUAAAAGCUACCUCAACAAUCUUUAUGAUUAUCUUUACGGAUUUUACCGUCGUGCUAAACCACUUUACAAUUUGAAUGAAUUGGAGACUAGAGCACGCGAACAGUUUGAAGAGAAUUGGCGGCAAGGAAAAGUAAAAGGCUGGGAACAAGUAGAAGCAGGCGAUGCAUCAUUAUUUUGCAAAGCAUGUCAGAAACAAUUCACGAAACAAACAGUAUACGAUGCCCAUUUAUCAGGCAAAAAGCAUAUAAAGGCACAGAAGAAAUUAGAUGAGUCAACGGGAUCAUCCAACAGCCAUACUACAACGAACGGUAACAUAAAUGGCGGUAGUAGCAGUAACAGUCAGGACGAUAAAAGAAAGGCAAUUGCAUGGAAAGAACGUUUGAUUGAAUCUAUUGCUGACGCGCUGAAAGAGGUGAGAGAGGAGACAAAAGCCAACGUUGAAAGAAAGCAAGCAUUAACGGAUAGAGAGCGUAUCUUGGAGCAAGAACAAGAAGAGAUUGAAAUUAAUGAUCAAGAAUCGGAUGAUGAGGAUGAUGAAAAGAUUUACAACCCUCUUAAACUACCACUUGGUUGGGAUGGUAAACCCAUUCCUUAUUGGCUGUAUAAAUUACAUGGUUUGGGAGUAGAGUACCCAUGUGAAAUUUGCGGCAACUAUGUGUAUAUGGGCAGAAAGGCUUUCGACAAGCACUUUCAAGAAUGGAGACACGCUCACGGUAUGCGCUGUUUAGGAAUUCCAAAUACGCGUCAAUUCCAUGAAAUCACAAAAAUUGAAGAUGCUUAUGCUUUAUUUGAAAAGCAAAAGAAGGAAAAUCUUAACGAAGAAGCCAAGAUUGACACCAUAGAAGAAUUCGAAGACUCUGAAGGAAAUGUGUAUAAUAAGAAGAUUUAUGAAGAUCUUAAAAGACAAGGCAUCCUUUAAAUUAGAUAUUAUUGCAUUAGAAUGGUGGGUUU